CUGCUUUGCAUCCGCUGUUCCUCUGCUCUCAUCAGCCUUCCUGGCAGCAAUUUCAUCAGCAUUCCUAGCAGCAAUCUCAUCAGCUUCCUGGCAGCAAUCUCAUCAGCUUCACUUAGCUGCAGCUCUGGUUACGGAGGGACGCUUUCACACCUGGAUGUCAUCAGAUUCUCAGCUCACAGGGCCCCUUAUUCACCAUGCUCCAAAACAUGGCUUCUCUCUCUCCUCUGUGUGAAAACUCCCUCUUCAUGAAUAUAGAAAUCUCUAUGCAGUCUGA